AGCUUUAUUUUUGUGUUUUCUCCGUAGCCGAGCUCGAAACAUGUCGAGCGGUGCUUUGGGGCGCGGCUCCUACCGUUCCAUAGUGGCAGGAGUCAACCCUCGCCGCAUCCCGACUUACUAUCCCUCCGCGUACGAGCUUAUUCAGCUCUACCGCGCCCACCGCGAUGUGACGCGCGGCUUCCUCGUACGGGACAAGGUGUUCGACAACAAAUUUCCUGGCACCGCCUUGGCCAACGGCCUAUUCAAAAUGGUACCGAAUAAGCGGGAGAAUUAUCACUCGAGGGAGGUGAUGGAGGCGAUCCGCCACCGCACGAUUUGGAUUCAGCGCAUUCAGCAGCAGCGCGCCAUCAACGCUGCCGUUUUAGAGGAUGCUCGGAAAGAACUGACCCCCGAGGCGAUGACGCGCCGCUUUUCUUACGAGACGCCGGACGCGGCGGCGUACUUCACCCCGCAGGUGUAUGAGGCGGCGAACAAUUGGCCCAACUACUGGCAGCACCCAACGGAGAAACACGUGGUGCCGAAGCCACGGUGGCGUCGCGAGCCGGAGCUGGGCGGCAUCACUCGCGUCCACGACGCAGUGGCCACUCCGAUAGCAGAUUUCUAG